AUCUGCACUCAGCAAAGCCAAGCGAAGCAGCUGACAAACUUUAGUAGCCAACCGUAAGGCCAAGUAGCGGGUUGCCGAGGAUCGAUGGCGUUCGUGCGGUACCGGGCGCUGCCGAGGGGGGAGCUGACAGUGGAGGAGUUCCGGGCGUGGCUGGCGCAGUUCGACGCCGACCGCGACGGGCGGAUCAGCCGGGAGGAGCUCCAGCACGCGCUGCAGAGCCUCAACGUGUGGUUCGCGUGGUGGAAGGCGCGGGGCGGGGUGCGCGCCGCCGACGCCAACCGCGACGGCGGCGUCGCCGGGGAGGAGGAGGUCGCCCGGCUCUUCGCCUUCGCGCAGAGGAACCUCCACGCCAAGCUCACCCAGCUCGGGUACUACUGAACACCGAUGACCAGACGACUGGAUAAUCAAUGUGAUGUGACUUGUGAGUCUGUACCUGUAACUAUAUUGUAAGGAUUUGGUGUGUGUGUGUGUAUAUUUGUUCUUGGUUAUUGCUUGUGCUUUUGCAGUAUUUUCUGGCAGGUUUAAGAGAGUUCUCUACUUGUAUUUUUGCCAUCACCGACUUUGUUCAGAAGUGAUG